AUGAAUUUGUCAGAAGAAAAUAGCUUCUCAAAUGGCCUUUUAUAUGUUGGAUUUAAUCAAGACCAAGGCUGCUUUGCUUGCGGAACAGAAAAUGGCUUUAGAGUGUUCAAUAGCGAUCCGCUUAAGGAAAAAGAGCGUCAAAAUUUUGCGGAGGGAGGACUUUCUUAUGUAGAAAUGUUAUUCAGAUGUAAUUAUAUGGCUCUAGUUGGCGGAGGCAAAACACCCGUAUAUCCGCCGAAUAGAGUAAUAAUAUGGGAUGACCUUAAAAAAGAUUCUGCUAUUUCGCUAGAUUUCAACAGUCCUGUAAAAGCUGUAAAAUUGAGAAGAGAUAGAAUAGUUGUUGUCUUGGAGAAUUUGAUCAAAGUAUACACAUUUACUGCACAACCACAGCUGCUACAUGUGUUUGAAACAUGUCAAAACUCAAGAGGCUUAUGUGUUGUAUGCCCCAACAGUAACAAUGCUCUUCUUGCUUAUCCCAGCCGAAAAACUGGGCAUGUUCAGUUAGUAGAGUUAAGUAGUCACGCUGGUACAAGUACAGCACCAGAAGGACAUUUGAUUGCUGCACAUGAAGCCCCGUUAAGCUGCUUGGCUCUCAAUGUAGGAGGGACUAGACUGGCAACAGCCUCUACAAAGGGCACUCUAAUAAGGGUUUUUGAUACAAACACAGGACAAAAACUGGCCGAAUUGAGGAGGGGAGCACAUCAAGCCACUAUCUAUUGCAUCAACUUCAACCAUACAAGUACAAACUUAUGUGUAACAUCAGAUCAUGGCACAGUGCACAUAUUCAGUCUAGAAGAUGACAAGUUAAACAAGCAAUCGAGUUUAGCGACAGUAAAUUUUCUACCAAAAUAUUUCUCAAGUAACUGGAGUUUCUGUAAAUUCACAAUACCCAACGGUCCGCCAUGUAUUUGUGCAUUUGGUGUGGAUAAAAGUUCUAUUAUUGUGAUAUGCGCAGAUGGAUCAUACUACAAAUACAAGUUUAACGAAAAAGGCGAAUGUACGAGAGAUGUCUAUGCUCAAUUUCUAGAAACAUCCGAAGACAGA